CCCCGCCGUUCCCCCCUCCGCCCGUUCCGCCCCUCACCGUUCCGCUUUUUUAUUUUUCAAUUUUUAUUUCCCCCCGCCAUGUCCGAGUCCCUGGGCUGGUGCGUGGAGGCCGUGCGGGCCGCGGCCGAGCCCUCGCUGUCGCGGGCGCUGCAGGCCCUGCGCGGCCGCCACACGAGGCGGGCCGGGGGCCCCGCGCGGUUCCGCGAACGCGGAGGCCUCGGGCCCCUGCUGGAGCUGGUGGGGCCCGAGAGGCCCAGACGGGUCCUGGAGCUGGCGCUGAGCGUGCUCGGGAAUUGCUGCACCGAGCCCGGCUGCCGGCGGCAGGCCCGGAGCCUCGGGGGGGUCCCGCGGUUGGUGUCCAUCCUGGCUGUCCCCAAUGUCCCCGAGGGCGUGGCCGGCCGCGCCGCUCGAGCUUUGGCCAACCUGGCCCUGGAGGCGCCGGGAGCGCGGGAGGUGCUGGAGGCAGGCGCCGCCCCCCUCCUCAUCUCCCUGGCCUCCUCCUGCACCUCCCCCACCCCCCUGCUCAACUCCGCCCGCGCCCUCCGCAUCCUCUGCCCCUCCCCCACCCCGCAGACCCCUCCCCCACCCUCGCUGCCCCUCCCCCACCGCGCCCUGGCCGUCUCCACCCUCAGCUCCCGCCUGUCCCUGCUGUCCCCGUGCCACCCCUGCUGUCCCCUCCUCCUGAGGUCCCUCCGAGCCUUGGUGGCCCCGCCGUGCCCGGGGGUGGUGGCCGAGGGUGCCACCCCCGCCCUGGAGGUUCUGGUGAAUUUGGGGAGGGGUCCCGAGGAGUCCCGGGGGGCUGCCCUGGCCGUGCUGGCGGCUCUGAGCGCUCAGGGCCGGCUCAGACCCAAAUUGGGGGAGCUGGGGGUGGUCGAGGUGGUGGUGGAGGCGGUGAGGAGGCAAUUUGAGUCUGGGGGUUCCCUGCCCCCCCAAUUUGAGUCUGGGGUCCGCGCGCUGUGCCUGCUGUGCCGCGAGGCCGUGAACCGCGCCCGCGUUCGCCGCUGCGGGGGCCUGGGGGCGCUGCUGGGGAUCCUGCGCGAGCCCCGCGCCGGGCGCUGGCACCGCCGGGCCCUGCUGGCCUUGGCCGCCUUCGCCUGGGACCCGCUGGCGCUGGGCAGGCUGGGACGGGCCGGGCUGGUGCCGCUGCUCGCCAGGGGGCUGCGGGGGGAGGGGAGGGGGGGGGAGGGGCUGUGGGGGGAGGGGAUGGAGAUGGAGAUGGAGGAGGAGGAGGAGGAGGGGGAGGAAGAGGAGGCGGCGUCGGUGGAUUGGCCUCGGGAGAGGAGAGGCCGGGCCCUGCUGGGCGCGCUGGGCGCGGCGGCGGCGGCGCCGUUCGGGCUCGGGCUCCUGCGGCACGGCCUGAGCGCGGCGGGGACACCCCGGGCACGGGCGGCGGCCGCCGCGGCCACGGCGCUGCUGGCGCGGUGA